AUGAAGACAAUUAUCUAUUUUUGCAUUUGGGCAGUAGCAUGGGCUGUUCCAGUUCCUGAAAUCAAACCAUUGGAGAGACAUGCCAUUGGAAAAUCUGUGAAUUUAAGUCUUCUGUCAAAAUCACAAGCACCAGUACAGAAUGAGUUCAAUGCCAGUGAUACCACCAAAGAAAGUGGUGUCUCUAUGCAUGAAAGUGAGAGAGGAAGGCAGUGGUAUGCCCAAGAUAAUCACAAAGGAGAAGGGAAUGGCUCUGAGUGCGCCGAAGGAGCAGGGAAGAGUUCCUCUCCAUAUUAUACAUCAGCGAAUGAAGAGGGGAAUACUGAGGACUGGAAUGGGGGCACAGGAAGACCAGAAACCUAUGGCCAUGAUGGGAUAAAUGGAAAAGAAGAUAGCAGCACAGCAGGUGGCCUCAGGGGACAAGUUAGCACCAUCAACAGUGAGGGAGCAGCAAAUGGAAGCAAUAUUCAUGGAGACACUGAUAUGAAUAGAAAUGAGGAUACUGGAACUGCAAGUGACAGUGAGGCUGCUACUGUUGUCCAAGAAGAUGGAACUCAAGUAUCUAGAAGCAAUAAUAGCACAGACUAUGAGGAUGAAACAAAUAAUAACUCUCAUGGAAAUGGGAUUGGUGCAAGAGGAAUAACACCUCCGACAGAAGGCGAAAGAAAUGGGAACAAGGAAAAUGAAGUGACUCCAGGCAAUGGAGAAGAUGCUGGUCUGGAUAAUUCUGAUGGGAGUCCUAGUGGAAAUGGAGCAGAUGAAGAUGAAGAUGAGGGUUCUGGUGAUGAUGAAGGUGAAGAUACAGGGAAUGGAAAAAAGGACAGUGAUAACAGCAAGGGCCAGGAGGGUCAGGACCAUGGAGAAGAUGACAAUGACAAUAGCAUAGGUCAAAAUUCAAUUAGUAGUGAAGGUAAUGAUCCUGAUGACAAAGAAGAUUCCCAUAAUGACAUUAAUGGAGAAAACACCUCCAAGAGUGAGGAGGAUGCUGAUGGUGUUCCAGAAGACAAUGGUAGCCAAAGAGUGGAGGACACCCAGAAACUCAAUGAACAGGAAAGCAAAGGUGUUGAAAAUGGAAUCUCCAAAGAUUCAGGGCCAAGUGCUACUGGGGAGAGCCCAGAUGAGGGAAUAGGAAUCAAAGGUCGCAGCAGUGGCAACAGAAAUACCAGCAUAGAAACCGAGAAAGGCAGUGAAGAUAAAGAGAGUAAAGGGCAGCAAGGAACGGACGCAGGCAAAGGACAUGUCCAGACACAGGCAGAAGUUACCAACAUACCAGGACCCGGCCAGAAGUCAGGAAUUAAAGCCGAACACAGCAACACAGGUAGUGAUAGCAAUAGUGAUGGAUAUGACAGUAACGAUUUCAAUGAUGAAUUCAUGCAAAGAGAUGAUCCUGAUAGCAGCGAUGAGUCUAAUGGCAGCGAAGAUGCUAAUUCAGAAAGUGCCAAUGACAGCAGUAGCCGAGGAGAUGCUUCUUUUAACUCUGAUGAAUCUAAAGAUAAUGUCAAUGACAAUGACUCAAAAGAAGGAGAUGAUGAUGGUGAUAGCACCCUAGACUCUAAUGACAGUGACAGUAAUGGAAAUGGUAACAAUGGGAGUGAUGACAGUGACAAAUCAGACAGCAGCAAAGGUAAAUCAGAUAAUAGUGAUAGCAGUGACAGCAGUGACAGCAGCGACAGCAGUGACAGCAGUGACAGUAGUGAUAGUAGUGACAGCAGUGACAGUAGUGACAGCAGUGACAGUAGUAGUGACAGCAGUGACAGCAGUGACAGUAGUGAUAGUAGUGACAGCAGUGACAGCAGCGACAGUAGUGAUAGUAGUGACAGCAGUGACAGCAGUGACAGUAGUGACAGCAGUGACAGUAGUAGUGACAGCAGCGACAGCAGUGACAGCAGUGACAGCAGUGACAGUAGUAGUGACAGCAGUGACAGCAGCGACAGCAGUGAUAGCAGUGACAGCAGUGAUAGCAGUGACAGCAGUGACAGUAGUAGUGACAGCAGUGACAGCAGCGACAGCAGUGACAGCAGCGACAGCAGUGAUAGUGACAGUAGUGACAGCAGUGACAGCAGUGAUAGUAGUGACAGUAGUGACAGCAGUGACAGUAGUGACAGUAACAGCAGCAAUAGCAGCAGUGACAGCAGCGAUAGCAGCAACAGCAGUGAUAGUAGUGACAGUAGUGACAGCAGUGACAGUAGUGAUAGUAGUGACAGCAGUGAUAGCAGUGACAGUAGUGACAGUAACAACAGCAACAGCAGCAGUGACAGCAGCGAUAGCAGCGACAGCAGUGAUAGUAGUGACAGUAGUGACAGUAGUGAUAGCAGUGACAGUAGUGACAGCAGCAACAGCAGUGACAGUGACAGCAAAUCAGAUAGUAGCAAUAGCAGUGACAGUAAGUCAGACAGCAGUGACAGCAGUGAUAGUAGUGACAGCAGUGACAGUAGUGAUAGCAGUGACAGUAGUGACAGCAGCAACAGCAGUGACAGUGACAGCAAAUCAGAUAGUAGCAAUAGCAGUGACAGUAAGUCAGACAGCAGUGACAGCAGUGAUAGUAGUGACAGCAGUGACAGCAAUAGCAGUGACAACAGUGAUAGCAACAGCAGUGAUAGCGAUAGUAGUGACAGCAGUGAUAGUAGUGAUAGUAGUGACAGCAAUGACAGCAGUGAUAGUAGUGACAGCAGUGACAGCAGUGAUAGUGACAGCAGCAAUAGUGACAGCAGUGAUAGUAGUGACAGCAGCGAUAGUAGUGACAGCAGUGACAGUAGCGAUAAUAGUGACAGCAGUGAUAGUAGUGACAGCAGCGAUAGUAGUGACAGCAGUGAUAGUAGUGACAGCAGCGAUAGUAGUGACAGCAGUGAUAGUAGUGAUAGCAGUGAUAGUGACAGCAGUGACAGCAGCGAUAGUAGUGACAGCAGUGAUAGUAGUGACAGCAAGAGUGAGUCUGGUAAUGGAAACAAUAAUGGAAGUGAUAGUGACGGUGACAGUGACAGUGAAGGCAGUGAUAGUAACCACUCAACCAGUGAUGAUUAG